AUGGGCAGCCGGCCCCUGCGGCGAGAUCAAAGCGGCCGUAAUCAGCGGGGGGGCCGAGUAUCUGUGACUGCAGAUGCGCAGAGCGCGCGCCGCUGCCCUAAGGUGAAAGGUCGCCGCCGGCAGGUGGGGGCGGAGCGGGCGGGCUCUAUUAAGCGCGGAGGGGGCGGCAGGGCCGGCCCGGCUGUGUUUUGGGCGCGGGCGCGUGUGUCCGCCGCGAUGUGUUGGCGCGCCGCCCCCGCCGCCGCCGCCGCCGCCGCGCCGGGUCAAAUCAAUACUGCAACAGUUGCCCACCCGCCGGCAGCGGCAGCAGGAGGACGCCUAAGCCCCGGUCGAUACCAGACACAGAGGCGCGGCGCGCCCAAGACGCUGCCGGCGUCGGAGGCGGCGGAGGGGGAGAGGUCGGGAGUUGCGGGGGCGGCAGGUGCACGCAGGCACGGGACAGUCUUCGCCGCCCCCGCCAUCCCCGCCGCCCACGCUACUCGCGCCACCCACGCACCGCCCCCGACAAACAGCUGGGCGGCCGCUUAUGUCCGCCUCAAUAAUGGACGCAGCUAG